GCAACAAGAGGCAAUGUCAGUACAAUGCCUUUAAGGUAAUGCUCGCUGGUAUGUUAUUGCUUUCCUGGAGUUGUCUCAGUGUUGGGGGUGGUGAUAUCUCAUGUUGGGUCCCAUGCCAGCACAUUCUUGGGAACCGACGUUAUAUCUGCUGUCCAUGCGCUACACUGCUCUCAUAAAAAGCUGCCUAUUGUCUCCAGCAGAGAGUGUUUGACCCUCUACAACUCCACAGACCAACACUCAGAGUGAUUAACGUUGAAGUGAGGAGCUCAACACGCCCAGAGAGAUGAAUCUCAAGGAUAAGCCGAAGUCGAAGAUUUCGGCUUCUCGAAAGCUCUCCCUCAAGAUGCUUCUACUCACGAGAGCAUGUGAGGAUUUGGAGAAGGAGAGGCAGGACAGGGAGGAUGAGAAAGUGCGCUAUCUAGGAGAGAAGUUGCCUGCUUUGCAGAUGUCUGGAUUGCCUCUUGAUGAGCUACAAAAACUAUGCAAACAGCUCCAUGCUAAAAUCGAUGUUGUGGAUGAGGAGAGAUACGACUGUGAGUCGAAAGUCGGCAAACACAACAAAGAUAUCCAUGAGCUGAAGCUGAAGGUCCAGGACCUUGGAGGAAAGUUCAAAAAGCCUGCCCUGAGGAAGGUGAGGGUGUCAGCAGAUGAGAUGAUGAGGGCUCUCCUAGGCUCAAAACACAAGGGCUCCAUGGAUCUCCGAGCCAACCUCAAGUCUGUGAAAAAGGAGGAUGUUAAAACGGACAAGGUGCUCACUUCUGAGGUGGGUGACUGGCGUAAAAAUGUGGAGGCCAUGUCAGGCAUGGAGGGCCGCAAGAAGAUGUUUGAUACAGGUGGCGGAGCACAGUGAGAUACUGGAAUGAUGAAGCUGGUCAGCUAGAAGCAGAGAAAAAAAGAUGUCUGGACAAAGAUAUGGAGUAUUAAAGGGCUAAAGCAUAAAGCCUUCAGCUGUAUCUCUAUUUACUAGAAGGUGCAAUGACUCAAAGCACUUAAAGGAAAGUGUAGGAUGAGUAGACCUAUUGUUUUUUUAUUUGUUUUCUUAUAACAUCUUUAGACUAUUAAAGAGGAUAUGAAUAUGCA